AUGGAUUUCUUUGAGACGAGUUAUCAUCACUUUCACGGCCCGAGCAGCAGCAUGCUCGCCUCCCGCACAAAAGAAUAUCAUGCAGAGUUUUUUACUCCUUCUUCUUUAAAAAGCCCCCUUUGGGGUUUCUCUGAUCAUCCACCUCCCGGCGUUCCCGGCCCCAAAUACCUGCGUGAAGACAAAACAGCAGCAGCUGCUGCUACAGCAGGGGCAGCAGCAGCAGGGGCAGCAGCAACCGGGGAAGCCGUAACCGGGGCAGCAGCAACAGAAGCUGCAGCAACACCAGGAUCAGCAGCAGGAUCUGCUGCUGAGCACGUCCCCCUCACAACAUACGGAGAGGCGUUUCAGGUUCGCCAGAGGGUCUUUCCUGUUCUUUCUUAUAGCAUCCAAGGAGAUGAAAAUAAAACUCACAAGCUGCAAACAACAACACAAACAAAUGGAGAAGAAAUAACAGAGCCGCGCAUCACCCGUCUUUCUCCUUUCUAUAAACCAGAUCCUAACAGUAGCUUGGGAGUACCGGCGCUGUACGCAGCAGCAGCAGCAGCAGCAGCAUCGACGACAACCCCCGCAACAGCAGCAGCAACAGCAGCAGCAGCAGCUUCUGUCGGGGUUCGGUCGGGUAUCUGUACAGCGGAGCUCAGCAAUCCUCUGUUUGAUGCAACCUUAUACCAUGACCGGAGAUACACCCCAUUAACAGCAACUACGCGCCAACAAGGAGGCAGCGAGAUCGACGCUGCAGCGGCAACAGCACCGAAGCAAAGCAGCAGCAGCAGCAGCAGCAGCGCAGCAAGUGCUACAACGCGACCUGCUGGCAUUCUCUCUCUCGCCGAGAGCCUGAGGGUCUUCCCCCCUAAACGCGCUGCCUACCAACGCCUGGUGCACUCUUCUCAGCCGCAGAUCAUCUGA